AUGCGUAGAGAAGAGAGACAAUGUAUUUCGCGUGUAGGAGCAUUAAUAAAACUCUUCCUUGUCGAUUUAAGUUCGUCGAUCACAUUGCAUGAAUCGCAUUCUUCAUUCGAUACUGUACAGUUUUCCUGUACAAAAUACGUACUACUUCUAUAUGUCGAUGUUAUUUAAACAUUCGUGGCUCUUCGCAGCUUUCGCUGGCUCGUCACGCUUUUUCCAUAAUGGUACGCUGUCUUUGACUGCUUCGCAAUUGUCAAAAAAGAAAUUCCAUCGAAUCUGAAAUAAGAAUUUGGCAGGAAUGUUGCGUGGAACGCGAUGCCAUUGAACCAGUGCCGGACAGAUUUAUAAUUAAACUGUGUUCGUUGCUAGCAGACGAAUCCCAGACGAUUUAGGCGCCUGCCAAUAUCUCGAAUUGCCUGCAAAUGCGCGAUGUGCUCACCACACAACCGUUCGAUUGUUUUAUUUUACCGACACUGUUUGUAAUCGUCUCCAUAAUUCUCCAAGCUUGCUAUUCACGUUUCUUGAAGUUUCGUAAUUAUAUUUUUCUAUUUAAGACAGUACUCGUAAAGAUUCUUCAGAAAUAUGAAACGUUAGUACGAAUGUACAUAUACCACCGCGCGUAAUUAUUCGAACGAUUUCAAAAGUUAAUUGAUAUCGCCUGGAAAAUUUAGAUUUGAGAUAGAUACGAUUGCAAUUAGUCAUCGGUAUGACAAAAAUAUUGUCCAUUAAUGGCGAGAGACACUCUUAUUAUGCAGCAAAAUUGAAAUGUAAUGUAAGACAUUUAUCGUUCGAAUGCUCACGAGUAGACUGGCGAUGUUUACGUAUUGAUGGAAAAUUUAAUGUUGCAAAGUGCACAUAUAUGCGAUGCAUGCAAGAAUAUAAAUACAAUAGGCGAAACAAAUCUCUGUUCAGGUUCACCAUUUCUUUAAUUAUGUUCAUAAAAAUAUGAAACUGUGUGAACAUCCUACAUCAAAGCACAAAUGGAUUAUGGAAGCAAAUACCCGUUUUUAGCGAUACAAUAUAUCUUUGCGAUCGCUUUAAGAUUUUUUUUUCUUGAAUUCUUACGCUGGCGUGGACGGUAGCACGACCUUUGAACGGUUGCCAAGUGGGCGAGAGACUACAUUUUAAAUAAACGUUUCGUGAGAGCAGUUUGCAAUAACGGGUCACGAUCCCUGUCAGCUCCGCCGUGCGACAUCCGUCGAUGUUACCACGAACCACGGUCUCUUUUUCCCUGCCAAACGUACCAUUCCUAUCAGACAGUUCCUUGCCCAAAAGCUUCACUCAUGCGGUGCACCGUGGUCUCACGUGACAAAUCUCUGACAAAUUUACCGCACAGCCUGAAACAGGUUUCACAAAUGUCAAUAAAAUGUCAGAUUCGCGGGAGUCGGUGGUGCGUGCACGCGGUCUGACCUUGACAUGAAAUCUGCAUCAUGGGACUGCUACCAUCACCCGCAAGUGCAUCGCGUCCACCUCCACGAAAUUAGAAGCGCGAAGACGCGAGGAUACCAAUACUCGAAGCUUCUUUUUCAGACGCUUUGGAGAUUGUAGAAAAUCAUCAAAAUUAUUAAUCUUCUUCGAUUUUUUCGGGAGGGAUACUUACAUAAAAAUUCAUUGUGUGAUAUGGAUUUAUCGAUGUUUUAAAUUGGAGGAUAUUAAAGCUCGGAGUUCCGUCUUUCAGCAUUUUGAAUAUAGUAGAAAAUCGUCAAGAUUAGUAAUUUGCCCAUUAUGCUUGUUUCCCAAUUCUUUUGAAACAUGUAACAAUCCACUGCGGAAUACGCAUUUAGUAGAGUUAGAAAUUAGAAUUCCAAAGACGCGAGGAUGUUAAUGUUCAGAAUUCUUUUUCUCGAUAUUUUUUAGAGUUCGUAGCUAAUCGCCGAGAUUAGUAUAUUGUUCGUUAUUCUUUUCGUCCGAUUCUUUUCAGAUAUGUAAUAAUUCGUUGCGUAAUAAAAAAUUAUACGAAGACACGAAACGAAUCUUGAAAAUCAUUAAAUCACUCAUUGUUCUUUUUUAUUCUUUUGCGCGUUUGCUCUGGAUCGUUAUUAUGUUCGAUACAAGAAUCGUGUAUUGACGUGCAUGUUCAAUUGGUGCAUCGAUUUGCAUCGACACAUUACAUAAUUGCUAAUUCAAAGAAGAAUACUCUUGUAAGAAUUGAAAGACUCAAUUCCCUUUUAUACAACUUGCGACUAGCAGUCUCUAAAAAACUUUGGUCUUUUAUCAAUUACGGUUAAUGUUGUUGAAUCGCUAUAGUUACAUUCAUUUCUGAUUCUCUCGCGUUCAAUAAUUUGCGUGAAAUCCUGAUGAUUUCGCGUAAGCGCGUCUCAAUCAGGUGAUAUCCUACAAACGGAAAAGGGUACGCCGACCAUUGCAACGACGUCUUUCUAAGCAAUGCCUUUAUCUGCAUGAAUGAGCGCUUAAGGACUCGUUACGUUUAUCCGACAUGCGUGACCAGCAUGCAGAUCUACUCACGUGACAUACAGGUUCGAUUCUACACGCGUACAGACCGCUGCAUUUCGACCUGUAUGCACACAUCACGCACACACUCGUCGUUUUCCUCUGGUAUGCAGAUGCACUGUUUCCGGGUGCAGUGUCUGCAUCGCUUCGUUGCACUGGAUUUUCCACGAUUUCGAUGGGAAUCGACUAUUCAUUCUAUUGAACGAAUAGUUUUUUUUUUUAUUGAAUUUUUAAAUAAAGCGAGAAUAUCGUAUGAUGAUAUUUAAUUGGAUCUAAUUGUAGAAAAAUUACGCUUGAAGUGUCUUAUUUGAAUAAUAUAUAUACGCGAGCCUUUCAACAAGCUAAAACAUUCAAUUUAUCAAUAUUUUUAUUCGGAUACAUGGUCAGUGUUCUGUCUAUUCUCAAAGAAGAAAUGAUCUACCUUUAUAAGUUUAUUUAUCGUCAGAUAACGUAAAUGAACUCGAUUGUUACAUCAUCGUUCAACUGCAAAUAUUUAUGUAUUAAUGAGAUAUCGAAAGACAGAAAAAUACUCAGAAUAAUAUACAAAUAUAUAUAUAAAUAUAUAAAAAUAUAUAUUCGUAUAGCACAAAAAUAUAAAUUCAUAUAAAUAUUCAUAUUUCGAUCAUCACUUUUCUCUAAUUUGCAAUUUAUCGAGUAGUUGCUCGAUAUAUGGAGUUAUUCAACAAGUCAUGUAGCGUCUGAGUGGGUCAAUAUGUAUGCUAAAGAUUAUGUUUAUUUGCUCGAUGAAAAUUUAACUGUUGCCAAUUUUCAUGGGUCAUCGGCGAUAAUUUUAGCUAUAUUUUAUUGACUAAACGUUGACAGAAACGAAUCGACCGCGCUAUAUCGAAUACUCGAGAAUCAUAGCCGGGGCGAAUUUUGUUUGUUGAGCGAUAGUACAAUAAGACGAGUCACAUGCGUUGGAAAUGUGUCACGUCGGAAACGCUACAAUAAGCGGGGGCGUUUAUCACUUUGUCGAGACAAUUACUUUCAGGAGUUGUGCCAGUCGGUGAGCUUCUUUCUGGAAACGGCUCUCGGAUGCUUUUGUAAACGGGGAACCGAAUUGUAUCUCGCGUGAAGCAAUGAAGAAUGACGCGAAUAACUGUACGCGGACGAAUACCGAUGCAAUUCUAAAAAUACGAAUUAGAGUAAAUUGUAAUUGCGUGUCUUAAAAUUAGAUUCUAAAAUUACGGGCCAGCCAUUAGAGACUCAAACUCCAAGGCGACUCGAAGAUAAUUUAGUAAUAAAUACGGUACCGUGACCCUAAAAGAUGAAGGUAGCCUCAUUAAAAACCUACUUAAUCCUCUGGACUUCCAAAAAACCAAACUGAAAUUUAUAAUUUCAAUUAUCGCAUUUAGGGAAGGAUUCUUAUCGGUUCGACGUUUGUCCUGGAAUCAAGCAAUUAAUUGUAUCGUGAAUUCAUUACGUUCAAUUAAUAAAAUUGGGUUAGCGGCUGACUGCCCAGUGGAACGUGGUUGUCGUCAACUUCAUGCACAGGUUAGCUCAGGUGUCGACUAUAUUUCAAUCCACAGAUCAUUCUGCCUUUAUUACAGGGUCCUUUUUCUACGUGUAACACCUCUGCGGUCUAUCUUAUGUAAAACAAACGCGAUAUUGUCUUGGCGCGAUAAAAUAAGAAUACAGUUUAACCCCUUGCCAUAUGAUAACGAUUCGCGCUCGUGACACGGAUUAAAGAUCAAAUACGACGAAGGCUAUACUUGUAGUACACGCAGUUGUAUAUUUUACGAUUAUGAAUUACCGAGUGUAUGUUGCAUAUGUUUAACACGUAUAAGUUUCAAAUUGAUAUUCGUGUGUAUAUACAAAUUUUCUGGUAGACAUUUCUCACAUUUUGACAUGUGUUAUUCUUAUUAAUUAUAAUCCCGCUUUCUAAAUUAAAGUACAUCAAAGUAUUUUCCAUAUUAAUUACCUUCAAAACUUUCUUCUGCAAGAUAACUGAAAAGAAUUACAAGCAGAUUAUUGAUUCUUAUCCAUUUACGGGAAAUUUGAAGCUGUUAAGGUAUAUAAAAUAUGCAAGGUAGAGUACCUUGGUACAUAAGAGAAGUCUCUUUAAUUAAUCUGAAAAAUUUCAAUCUGGACAAGUAUAAUUCGUCGUUCAUCCCACCAAUCUAAAAUCUAGAAAAUUUAUUUUUCCAAUAGCUGUACAAUAUUUUUACAUGAAACGAUCAGACGUUGCUACUUGCAAGUUGUUUUAAUACAACACGUGCGUAGUAGAAGUAGUAAUGAUUGUUACAUAAAACGUAAUCAGGCGUAGGAUUCGUAGUAAGCCGAAUAGCAAAUCGCGGGUUAUUUCUGUCCGGUUUUCGACGAUCCAAGAGGUUUCCAAACGUUCGAUAAACACGGGACGUGUUGGACUUUUUCGACGAUUGCGAAACCCGUUUUCGAAGACACGAGCGAUGGAUUUCGUUUUCCGAUUCGUUAUGGGGAAAUAGUAUCGGCCAGUUAGGGCCGUCUAAUGGUUAAUAGACAAUAGAGCUCACCGUCGUUGAUCGACGUUGGCCGCUGCUAAAAAUAAGGAUUUUAACUGUUGCCAAAUUUCAACAAAUAUCGCGACUCAUGUUCAAAUCGGAAAACAGGUUCAGUUGUCGUUCGUCCGCAAAUUCGCGUGCACGCUCUCGUCGAGAAUUCGGCAUAUUUCGAACGUCCACAGGAAUUUCUUAGAACCAGUUGAGCGGCUAUCAAUAGUGAAUAUAUUCCCGUUUCGUCGAUGGAAAAUAUUUCGCGAAUGAAUUUCGAUGUGUUGAAACGCACUCUAAAGAUCAUCGAAGUCGACGAUAUAAAGAGAGAGGAUUUGAAAGUUGAAAAGGAGGAUCAGAAUAAAAUUGUGAAUAAAUUCUAGACGCCGAGAUCGCAUAUAAAGAUAUUUUCUGGUAAUUAGCGAAACUGGUUUGACUCGUCUGUUUCUGGUUAUUCGUUAAAGAAACAGAUCAUUAAUCAUAUGAGACUCGCGAACGAAAGAAAAACAAUAGGAACGUGACGAAUGACUCGUACGAAGCUUCUAAUAUUGAUGGUAACCUGCGAAAUGCUGCGAAAUUCUACCAACUGCGAAUUAAAAUAUCUUAAUACACCAAGGUUGGAUAGAAUAGGCGUUCCUCGCGGCCUACAUUAUUUCCUCGGUCUAUCGUGUAACAAGUAGAUCCUGGCAAUCGCUUAAGGAAGGAAACAAUAAAAUCGUAAUGGCCUGUUUACAGUAACUUGUCGCCAGAAAUACCGGAUAUCGAAGUUUGCCAAGAGGUGAAGUGCGAACAAUCACGGAACCAGAAUAGCCGGCUGCAAUUAGUAGAUCUUCGGCGACUUAAUGAAUUGAAGUCGCGAAGAAUCGAUCGAGGAGAAAGAUCGCUAGAUAGAUUAAACAGUUUAUCAGAUCGACUUGACAAGCGGAGAAGAUGUACAAUCGGUUGCCAGUGACCCGUAAAUCUUUUCUGUACUCGAAGAAUGCUUGGUCCGUGACUUAAUCGGUUGAUCUAUCGAAGAAUUCUGCGUCCCUUCCAUUCAGAGCCAGCUCGAAGCUUUCAGUGACAUUUCAUCCAGUUUUCAUGCCGGCUUUCGUUCUGAACAGAGCCUAUUUCGUCUGUAACGAUAAUUAUCUUAUGUAUGGUCGCUACACGAAAGACCUGGGUGAGUACGCAAAAGAAGAGGCACGAAAGCUGAAGUACCACGACAAAGCGCGGCGAAAGUAUGACAAGACUAGAGCGGAGGAUCUACGAAAGUCGAGGAGAGGACCACUAUGCAGGAAGUUGCUCGCGUUAUUGGCCUUCGCCUGGAAGCACACUGGAGCUAGAUUAGGCGAAGACUGGGUCUUCUUGGCUCUUCUUGGUAUAAUCAUGGCGCUUAUCAGUUACGCCAUGGACCGUGGCAUUUCUAUGUGCAACAACGCCAGGAUAUGGCUUUAUCAGGACCUGACGCAUCAUCCAGCGCUUCAAUAUCUCGCCUGGGUGUCUUUGCCAGUUUGCUUGAUUCUCUUUAGCGCCGGAUUCGUGCACAUUGUUGCACCACAGAGCAUAGGAUCAGGCAUUCCAGAGAUGAAGACGAUUCUACGCGGAGUGGCCUUGAAGGAGUACCUGACCUUUCGUACUCUUGUAGCGAAGGUGAUAGGUCUGACUGCCACAUUGGGCUCUGGUUUACCGCUGGGCAAGGAAGGUCCUUUCGUGCACAUCGCUAGUAUCGUGGCCACGCUUUUAUCCAAAUUGGUCACCAGUUUCCAAGGAAUCUACGAGAACGAGAGCAGAAACUGUGAGAUGCUCGCAGCAGCCUGCGCUGUUGGAGUUGCCGCCUGUUUCGCAGCACCGAUCGGUGGAGUUCUCUUCAGCAUAGAAGUAACCACCGUGUAUUUCGCCGUUCGAAAUUACUGGAGAGGAUUCUUCGCAGCCGUAUGCGGCGCCACGAUGUUUCGAUUGCUCGCGAUCUGGUUUCAACGAGAGGAAACGAUUACCGCGAUGUUCGCAACGAAUUUUACUAUGGACUUCCCCUUCGAUCCUCAGGAAUUGUUUGUAUUUGCCUUGAUUGGUGUUGGCAGCGGUCUAGGAGGUGCUUUCUACGUCUGGUUGCAUAGACAGUAUGUGAUCUUCAUGAGGAAGAACAAGAGUAUGAACAGCUUCCUGCAGAAAAAUCGCUUCUUGUAUCCUGGAAUCGUCUCCCUGAUCGUGUCCUCCGUGUCUUUUCCCCUGGGACUAGGCCAAUUCAUGGCCGGUGAUUUAAACACCCACGAUCAAGUUUACGGUCUGUUCACCAAUUUCACUUGGACCAAACAAGAAUUAGGAGUAGAAGAAAUGAACAUGGUUAAACAUUGGUCUACCAUAUAUACCGAUGUGUUCAUCGGUUUAAUUAGUUUCGUUGCAUUCACGUUCAUCUUUUCCAUCAUAAGUUCGACGGUUCCCGUGCCAUCGGGAAUUUUCAUCCCCGUGUUCAAAAUCGGUGCUGCAUUAGGCAGAGCUGUGGGUGAAGCCAUGGCUCUAUGGUUCCCCAAUGGUGUUCGUUAUGGUGGUAUCAUAACUCCUAUCGUACCAGGAGGCUACGCCACCGUUGGAGCAGCUGCAUUUUCCGGUGCUGUGACCCAUACAAUCUCUGUGAGUGUUAUCGUGUUUGAGAUGACUGGCCAGAUUACUCACAUUGUUCCUAUAAUGAUCGCCGUGCUGAUCAGCAACGCCAUCGCUGCGCUUCUUCAACCCAGCAUAUACGACAGUAUCAUUCUGAUUAAGAAGCUGCCAUACUUACCAGACCUACUACCUUCCAGUUCAGGCAUGUACAAUGUGUACGUCGAAGACUUUAUGGUUCGUGAUGUGAAGAAUAUUUGGCACGGAAUUACCUAUCAGAAAUUAAAGGAAAUUUUAAAAGAAAACCGCAAGUUACGUGGAUUUCCGCUGGUCGAUAAUCCUGAUUCUAUGAUUCUGCUUGGAUCCAUCCAAAGGUUGGAAUUAAUCAAACUGAUUGAGAAACAUAUAGGACGAGAGAGGAGGCUGCAGGUGGCUCAGAAAUGGCACAAAGAGGCCGAGGAGAGAGCUCGAGAAGAAAUGGAACGUCAGUUAAGGGACCAGGAAAGAACAAGGAGACCGUCCAGGUUCGAAGUGAUCCCAGCACCAGAUAUUCUUAAGAUGCAGAGGCAAAGUGUUAACGAUCUAACAAUGUCUCCAAACAACGCUGCCGCUCCUGACCAUCACACUUACCAUUCCCCGGUAUUUGGGUCACAACCGAAGAAAUCGAUCUUGAAGAAAACCAAUUCCUUCACGUUGAAAGGAUUCAGCCCACUAGUCAGCCCCGCCGUUACUCCUUAUACCACUGUCACUGGUGCGGAGAGCAGAAUACGUCUUGCCUUCGAGGCGAUUUUUCGCAAGUCAGCCACUUUGCAAGAUGUAGAUCCAGAUCCAGAGAUCGGGUCUGGAGGUGCUAUCAGGCGUGACAGUCAAGACGUACCUCCUCAUACCCCGAUGCUGGCACCGAGCCCCGCCACUUCGAAGAAAGUACAACUGCCUCGCGAGAGGGUAAUAGACAUGUCAGCAGAGGAUCAGAAACGGUGGGAAGAAAGUGAAAUGAUGUUGGAGGUCGACUUCUCGAGGUGUCACAUCGAUCCAGCACCGUUCCAAUUGGUUGAGCGAACGUCUUUGUUGAAAGUCCACAGUCUAUUCAGCAUGGUCGGAGUGAAUCAUGCUUACGUGACGGCUAUUGGAAGACUGGUUGGGGUUGUAGGAUUGAAAGAGCUAAGGAAAGCGAUAGAAGACGCAAACGCUGGAAUCUUGCCCAUGCACUCGGAAUCACAUAUAGGCGUCUCGACAUCCAGUAUCGCGAAGAGCGAAACGGACACGGAAAGCAAGAACGUCAGCACGAUGAACUCUAUCGCUUCCGUUGAUUGCGAGAAAGUUGAAAAAGUCUGAGUGAAAGAGGGAGAAAAGGAGUGAAAGACGUGGGAGAGAAUGAGCGAGAGAGAGAGAGAUAAGUAGAAGCAAAAAUGUGAUAGUCGUAUUGUCAGGAUCGGCAAUAUGACCCGAACGAGAGACGAGUUUUUCUUUUAUUUUUCUUUUUUUAAUAAAAUAUUCCCUUUCUUCCGUGAGCGUAGAAUACUCCCCGUAAAGUUCGAGCAACGAGUCAUAUUCCUAGCCGCUUGCGUAGUUACGCUCGCUUUUGAACAUCUCUCGUACUUAAUCUCGGGACAAGACCAUCGUGCAGGGCGAACAAUUCUCAAGGCUUUCCACAACUUGACAGGCGUUCGAUAUCGAACGUGUCGUCCUGUAUGAAACUUGAAAAUUGGUCAACGAUUUGGCAAUUGUUGCUUGUGGUUUUCUCUGCGCGUAGAAGGAAGCUUUCGGUACCGAAGAUUCAUAUCAGGGUCUGUCAAGUUUUCCUGCUUUUUUUCUUUUAACUGAAUUCCUUUUUGCACGCGUGAUUCCUUUUCCGAUUAUCCUAUGAUCAUGUAGAAACAGAGAAAGGGAGAGAGUGAGAGUUACCACAUGCGUAUUUGAGAAUGAAUGGUUGUGACACGUUAAUAUAACUUUUUGACUUGGUGAUAUCAGUGCUCAGAGGAACAUCCUCCUGUCCAAUAGCCUGGACGCGAACCAUGCCUUGUUGAAAUGUCGAAGCUUCUCGAGAACUAUGUAUGUAUUUUAAAACGUGGUGCUCCAAUGAAUCCCGACGAGUGGUUUCGCCUUUUAAGAAAUAUGCUGUGAAUCGUGUGUCUGUAUUUAGUGGCCAGCAAUGCGAGUCAUAAACGUGAUCACUAAUGUAUUAUGUUUUAAGGAACCGGGCAUACUCUGCAACUUGUGACAAGCGUGAUUUUAUCGAGUUAAUUAUUUAAGAAAACAUUCGUGGCUCGCGUUAAGUGCUCUUGUAGUAUCUAAUUUUAUGACUAUGGUUGUGCCAACCCUAUUUAUUGUAAUCUUUAACUCUAAGUACAUGAAACUUAUUAAGUCAUGAUAGGUCUAUUCGCACGAACGUGCUCGAGAGGAUCUUCUAAAAGAUUUGAUUAAAUUUUGCAGUACUGUGCGCAUAGAUUAUUUUUACGAAUUAAGAUGAACUUAUUCGCCUUGCUGUUCUGUUACAUCGAACCAAAGGACGUACGGACAGCCUGAAUCGAUAUUUUCGUUGCCAGAAUUUAUUUGUUUCAGUUGAUUAGACACCCGACGAAGAAAUAUCGCGUUUAUGACGCGACGUUAAUUAGAUUAUUUUAACAAGAAAGUAGCGUAAUUUAAAACGAUGUCUUAAUUAAUCGUUGUAAAAGUAUCUAGGACCAGAAACUGAAUGUUCUGUGGAUUGAUACGACGGACCGGAUAUUUGUGGAUAUUAAUUUAAGGACAAUGUUUGAGUAGGGCAUUUUACAUUCCAUCUGACAAAUAUUCUCACGAUGCAUCCCAUUUUAUUGUAAAUUUAUUUGCGUUACACGUCAUCGAAGCUUUAUGCAAAACACUAAUCGCCAAAUAUAAGUACACUGUACAAUCGGGAGAAGACAUUAAAUAAUUUAUUAUAUUAUAUA